AUGGAUGUUGUUACUACAAGUUUAGAAGCCCUGAUACGUAAGUUGAAACUCGAUAUGUUCAUUUGUAAAUUCAUCCGUCUAUAAAUAUUUAUAAUCAAGAAAAUUUUGUCCAUUUUAGUUAGGCUGUUGAAUAUAUUUUCCUUUUCUUUUUGUAGAAAGGGUAACAAAUCCACAAAAUCAAAACCCUGAUAUAGCUGCGACUGAAGCGUUCUGUGUGAUGCUUAUCAAAGAAUCAGAAGGUAUUCAAAUCGGCACUAAAUUAUUAGCAUUACGUAUUCAAUCAUCUAAUGAGACUGAAGCACUUCAAGCUCUUGCUUUAUUGGAUACAUGUAUGAGAAGAUGUGGGUCAUCUUUUCAUGCAGAAGUGGGUAAAUUUCGUUUUUUAAAUGAAAUGAUUCGUCUAGUUUCGCCAAAGUAUUUAGGUGACAAAACACCAGCCAUGGUGCGUCAAAAGGUAUUACAAUUGUUACAUACAUGGACAAGAGAAUAUCCAAAGGAAUUAAAAAUUAAAGAAGCUUAUGAAAUGUUAAGGAAACAGGGUAUAGAGGAUAAUUCCAUGUCUCUAAAUAAUACCCAAGAUGAGGGAUUGAAAACUUUGAAAGCUAAAAGUACAAUAUUUGACGAUGAAGAGAAAUCCAAGUUAUUGCAAAAAUUAUUACGAAGUAAAAAUCCUGAUGACUUGCAAGCUGCAAAUAGAUUAAUUAAAACUAUGGUGAGAGAGGAUGAAAGAAGAGUACAAUUAAACUCGCGUAGGAUAAUGGAGUUGGAAUCUGUUCAUAAUAAUGCAAAGUUAUUAUCAGAAAUGUUAGAUUCAUAUAAUUGUAAUGAAACUAGUACGGAAGAUCUUGAAUUAAUGAAAGAGUUAUAUCAAGCUUGUGAACGAUUAAAACCCACUGUGCUUAGAUUAGCGAAUGAAACUUAUCAAGAUAAUGAAGGAAUGCUUGGUGAUGUACUUGCUGCAAGUGAUGAAUUGGAACAAGUAUUUGAGAAGUAUACUGCUGUGACAGUCCAUGGUAAAUGUGUAAAGCCUAAAGCGGACUCAAAGCCUAAAACAGACUCCGACAAUAGUCCGUAUUUAUUAGAUUUAUCUUCUCCAACGGAGAAUAUUUCUCUUGAAAGCGAUGGUGUAAAUGCAAGUUACAAUGCAAUGAUGACAAAUCAUCAAUCAGAUAUGGAAGUUUUAGGAGAUAUCUUCAGUUCAUUAGGAAAGUCCGAAAAGUCCAAAAUUUCUUCAGUUUCUGACGCAAAUCUCUUAAUGACUGAUUCAGUUAUGCAGCCACUCAAUGUUUUACCUAAAAAUAAAAAAGGUCCGUGA